AUGAAGGCUUUCGCUCUCGCAGCCGCUCUCCUGGGCGCUGCUGUCGCCUCCCCUACAGGCACGGUCAAAUCUGUGACGAGGAGACAAGAUGGUAGUCUUCCCAUUGUCACCACGAAAGGAAACGCAUUCUUCGCUGGCCAAGAACGUUUCUACCUCCGUGGUGUCGCCUAUCAGCCAGGUGGUGCCGCCGACGUUGCGGACCCGCUUCUCAACACCGAGCAGCUCAAGCAUGACAUUGAGCUGUUCAAGCAGCUCAGCAUCAACACUAUCCGUAUCUACUCGGUCGACAACUCCAAGCCUCACGACGAGGCCAUGAAGAUGCUCGAAGAUGCUGGCAUCUAUCUUGCACUUGAUGUCAACACCCCGGGCUUCUCACUCAACCGUCAGGACAAGGAAUCCCUUCACCUCUCCUACAACGAGAGAUAUCUUCAAAGCGUCUUCGCUACCAUUGAUGAGUUCCAGAAGUACAACAACCUUCUCCUCAUGAUCAGUGGUAACGAGAUCAUCAACGAGAAGAACAACACUAUCGCUGCGCCGUACAUCAAGGCCGUCAUCCGUGACAUGAAGAACUACAUCGCUGAACAUGAAUACCGCCCAAUUCCCGUUGGUUACGCCGCUGCUGAUGUUGCCGAGAACGUUGAUCUCCAGCUGAAGUACUUCGACUGUGGUCCCGAUCACCAGCGUGGAGAUUUCUUCGCCCUCAACGACUACUCCUGGUGUGAUCCUUCCUCUAUGCAGAUCUCUGGCUGGGACAAGAAGGUUGAGAGGUACAAGGACUACGGUGCCCCGAUCAUCAUGGCCGAGUACGGUUGCAACACCAACAAGCGUGAAUGGCAGGAAGUCAAGGCGCUUUUCUCGACUCAAAUGAGCUCCGUUUACUCCGGAGGCAUGGCUUACGAGUUCACGACCGAGGCUAACGGCUACGGAUUGGUCGAGGAGAAGAACGGCGAAAUUGUCCCCAACGAAGACUUUGAGCGUCUUGCCAAGGCGUACAAGGAUCAGCCCGACCCAGAGGGUGACGGUGGUUACAGGUCUCAGGUUACUGCCUCCGAAUGCCCGUCAAACAGUGACGAUUGGGAAGUCAAGGAUCUCCUCAUCCCAUCGAUGCCCAAGGGCGCAAAUGCGUACAUGUCGAAGGGUGCUGGCACUGGCCCGGGUUUGAGCAAGGACGUCGAGCCGUCGCAGUACGGCGGUGAGACAUACUCUGAGGAGGACAUCACCAUGGAUGGAGAGAAGUCGGACAAGUCUCCCGCUUCAGUCAGCUCUGAUGGACAAAGCUCUACUCCCAACAACUCUCCAGGUGAAGGUGCCGCUUCAGGAUUGACCGUUUCGCUCUCCAUGGGAUUGAUGAGCCUGGCCGCGGCUGUAUACAUGUUGUAA